AUCAUCGGGGGACUAUGAAAGGGUUUUUUCACAAACUCAGACAUAAACCGCAGAGAUAAGAAAAUACGCCAUCCAUCAUUUCUGAGAAAACUGAAAAAUUACAUUGCAAGGAAAAAGCCAUGGGAGGAGUAGCAAGGACCCUUCUCACUUUCUCUCUCUCCUCAAACCUCCUCUCUCUAUCACGCCUCCCAGCAGCCAAACGCUUCUCUCUUAUAAAACUGCCAAAAACCACCAGGGUUUUAACAAGGUUUAGGCCUCUUUGCACCGCCACAACCACAACCAUUUCUAUCCCUGAAAGUGCCAUUGAAGCUGAAGAACAAGAAACCCAACCCUUGAAGCACUCAUUGCUUCUUGAGAAGCUGAGACUCAGGCACCUCAAAAGCUCUGCUAAACCACAAACCAAAACAAGCGCAAAUCCAAAUGGGCCUGCCCAGAGAGAGAGUGAGGAUGGGUUGGGUAAGCCAGAGAAUAAGAAGAAGAGGGAGGUUGAGAAUUUUGGGGGAUCGGGUCUGACUGAGGAGGUCUUGGCGGCUGUGAGAGAGAUGGGUAUUGAGGUUCCUACUGAAAUUCAGUGUAUUGGAAUCCCAGCUGUGCUGGAAGGGAAAACUGUGGUCUUGGGUUCUCAUACCGGCUCUGGCAAGACUCUGGCUUACAUGUUGCCUCUUGCCCAGCUGUUGAGAAGGGACGAGGCAGAAAAUGGGAUUCAAAUGAAGCCCAGGCGUCCUCGAGCUGUUGUGCUAUGCCCCACAAGGGAGCUAUCUGAGCAGGUCUUUCGUGUUUCCAAGUUUGUCAGUCAUCAUGCAAGAUUCAGGUCUACUAUGGUAAGCGGUGGAGGGCGGUUGAGACCCCAGGAGGAUUCAUUGAAUAACCCAAUUGAAAUGGUAGUCGGGACCCCUGGUAGGGUUCUUCAACAUAUUGAGGAUGGCAACUUGGUUUACGGUGACAUCAAAUAUGUGGUGUUGGAUGAGGCAGACACCAUGUUUGAUCGUGGUUUUGGUCCAGACAUUCGCAAGUUUCUUGUCCCCUUAAAACAUCGUGCAUCAAAACCUGAUGGUCAAGGGUUCCAAACUGUUUUGGUCUCUGCAACAAUGACAAAGGCAGUGCAAACCCUGAUUGAUGAGGAGUUUCAAGGAAUAUUGCAUUUGCGCACAUCCUCACUGCAUAAAAAGAUUGCAUCUGCUCGACACGAUUUCAUUAAGCUUUCAGGUUCUGAGAACAAGCUGGAAGCAUUGUUACAGGUUCUUGAGCCAAGUUUGGCAAAGGGAAAUAGAGUGAUGGUGUUCUGUAACACAUUAAGUUCCAGCCGUGCUGUGGAUCACUUUCUCAAUGAAAAUCAGAUCUCGACUGUGAAUUACCAUGGUGAGGUGCCAGCAGAACAAAGGGUUGAAAACCUCAAAAAGUUUAAGAGUGACGAUGGAGAUUGCCCCACAUUAGUCUGCACAGACCUGGCUGCAAGGGGACUGGACUUGGAUGUAGACCACGUUAUCAUGUUUGAUUUUCCCUUGAACUCUAUUGACUACCUUCAUCGUACUGGAAGAACUGCUCGUAUGGGUGCAAAAGGGAAAGUGACAAGUUUGGUUGCGAAGAAGAAUCUUAUGUUGGCGAAUCGAAUUGAGGAGGCAAUAAAGAAGAAUGAAAGCUUAGAAUCGCUCAGUGUAGAUAGUGUCCAGAGGGACAUUGCCCGUUCCCGAAUUGCUCCACUGAAAGGAAACUUGGUAAGAGUCUCAAAUCAGAAAAAUAAGAGCAGGUCAGCAUCUGCUCCUGCAAAAUUCGGAAAAGCAUCUUUUCAGGCAUCAAAGUCGGUAAAGCCUUCCAAUGCAAGCACCUCAAGAAAAGCUUCUUCCAGUGCAAGCAGCUCGAGAAAAGCUUCUUCCAGUCCAAGCAACUCAAGAAAAGCUUCUUCCAGUGGGAAGAGGCAACCAGAAAGCAGAAGAUCGAGUGUAGUUAAAUCAACAGCUUCGAAGUUAAGCGUUGUUGGGUUUAGGGGACGGGCUUCUUGGUCUGACAAGAGAGAAUCAGUGGCGUCCAGCUGAUUGUAGUCGAACUUUUGGAUCAAGUUUGCAAUUAAUCGCCCUUUUCAGAGUUGCGCCUCUAUAAAAUGUGCAUAUUAAAAUGUUUUGUAAUAUUAAAUCUUUAAUGCUUUAAUUUGCAAAAGAAAAGAAAAAAAAUGAUAUUCUUC